UUAACUUAAAAAAAAAAAUAAAUAUUUCCAAAACAUUUUAAUCAAAACUUUUCAAAAACUAAAAAAGAGAAUGUCAAAGAAAAUCAAAUUUGAUACCAAAUCUGCUGAUGGUCAUCCCAAAAUCAACGACACCGAUCAGCAAACUUCUGAGCCAAACGAUGAUCUGCCGCAAAUAGAAUUCGAUGGCGAUGACGAAAAUGUAGCCUCACGCAAAGCUCGAUUGGCUGUGCAGCCCUCUAUGGAUUCAAUAUCAUCGCAAUCAACUCGGGGCAAAGUAAGCAUACAUUGGAUAAAAGUGGCCAUCCUCUUUGUUAUUUGGCUUAUCUAUGCCUCGGCCAUUGUUACACAUGAAGAAAAGGUGAUGAAUCCAGUAUUGACCGGAGUAUGGCCUAAGAAAACCAAACGAUUGGAGGUUCCUCAUGUAGAUGUUGUUAAGAAAUCAAUUGGUAUUCAUGUAAUGGGAGCUUUCCGAGAAGGUCACGAUGCCACAACGUAUGUACCCAACAAAAAUGAACCGUACAUUUCUAUGCAUUUGGAACUCACCAAAUCCGAUGUUCCGGAGACCAUAAGUCAAAAACAUUAUCUCUUGUUGAAUACCGACAAAAAACUACAAUAUAGUCCGGUGAUGAAGAAAUCGUUUGUCAUGGAAUUAAACGGAGUUAUUUCCAAAAUCGCUGGUGAAAAAUCAAUUGCUCUUGUCAUGAACACCAAUGUGGCCGAGGUUUUGACCAUGAAAAUCUGGUUUGACCCCAGUCCCUUGGAUAAAUCUCUUGGAAUACCCUUGGGCUCAUUGGUGCUACUCUUUUUGUAUAUCCUGAUAAUUUGGGAAUUUGUUAAUCGCACUUUUGCUGCAGUGGUGGCCUCAACCUUGGCAAUUGGUAUAUUGGCUGCCCUAAAUGCCAGACCCUCACUUCUGACCAUAAUGUCCUGGGUUGAUGUGGAAACGUUGAUGUUACUUUUUGGUAUGAUGAUUUUGGUAUCCAUAUUAUCUGAGUCCGGGAUUUUUGACUAUCUGGCAGUAUUGGCCUAUGAACUCUCCAAGGGCAAUCUCUUUGGCCUGAUCUGUGUUCUUUGUCUUUUUACGGCUGUGCUUUCGGCCUUUUUGGACAAUGUCACCAUGAUGUUGCUGGGGGCACCCGUCACAAUACGCCUGUGUGAAGUUUGCAAUUUGAAUCCGGUGCCCGUUCUCAUGUCCAUGGUCAUAUAUUCGAAUAUUGGUGCCGCUCUCACGCCCGUCGGAGAUCCUCCAAAUAUACUGAUCAUGACCAACCAUUACAUCAAUACCCAUGGAGUUAAUUUUGGCAACUUUUGCUUACACAUGCUGCCUGCAGUUGUAUUGGGCAUAAUCUCCACCUUUGUCCAUCUUCGUCUAAAGUAUCCAAAGAUAAGGGAUUUCAUGAACAAACAAUCGGUGGAAAUUGAGGCUUUGAAACACGAGAUACAAGUGUGGGAGAAGGCAGCGCAGGCCAUAACUCCCUCCACAACCGAUGAAGAAAUCGUCCAGAACACCCUACACAAGAAGGCCAAAGCUUUGAAACAAAAGUUAAGGGAAUUGGAAGCAAAGGCGGUGUUUGUCACCACCGAUUUUCAAACCACACUGCAGUACAUGAAGAACACCUAUUCCAUACGCAACAAGGUGCUGCUGAUCAAGUCGACAGUGGCAUUUGUUUUUGUGCUGUUCCUUUUCUGUUUGCACGCUGUGCCUCAUUUACAUCAUCUGUCGCUGGGCUGGAGUGCCUUAGUGGGUGCCAUGCUCCUGCUAAUACUUGCCGAUGAGGAAGAUAUCGAAACUGUUCUCUCUCGCGUGGAAUGGUCAACUUUGCUUUUCUUUGCCUGCCUUUUUACGCUGAUGGAAUCGCUCACGGAACUGGGCCUCAUCGAAGUUUUGGGUAAUUUGUGUGUUGAAAUUAUUAGUACCGUUACUCCACAAUAUCGCCUCCUGGUAGCUGUUCUUUUGAUUUUAUGGGUUUCUGGCAUUGCCUCAGCAUUUCUGGCCAACAUUCCAGUGACAACAAUGAUGGUUAAGAUUGUGAUUAGCUUAGCGCAGAACGAUGAGCUGAAGCUGCCAUUGACACCUCUGGUAUGGGCUCUUGCUAUGGGUGCUUGUUUUGGGGGUAAUGGCACCCUGAUUGGAGCCUCUGCCAAUGUGGUGUCAUCCGGUGUUGCGGAACAGCAUGGCUAUCGUAUUUCAUUUCUUGAAUUCUUUUUCUUUGGUUUUCCCAUUAUGAUCAACACAUUGGUAGUGGCUUCGCUUUAUCUGUUUAUUGCUCAUUGUUUGUGGGAGUGGCAUUAGAUGGAGAGAUUUGUGGU